AAUAUGAAUCUAUUCAGAAGCUAUCAAAUUCAAUACAUUGACACAGCAACUCAUCAUCUUUUCCUUGCUUCCAAGCCAUGGAUGUCGAACCUUUCUGUAGCUGCUAUCUGCAUCUCAAGCCGAAAGAAGCAAGUUUGGUUGAUCUCAUUCUUCUUCUAUUUUCCUCUGAAUUGAAGCGACAAAGGUUUGUCGACUGCCCAGAAAGACACAAUUACAGGAGUUUUGGCUAUCGAUGGCUCAUAUUUAUCUCCGUAAUCGCGCAGAAGGUCCUUUUUUCCUUGAGAAAACCUAUGGCCACAGUAGGAUAUGUGCUCGAGCUGUGGCUAAAUCUCCUGUCGAGCAACGGAGGCUUUUUCAUGCUUUUAAUCAACGGCUUGAAAGGAAAGCUCGUGAAACCAGAUAGAUCAUCUGCAACGUUCACAUCCGUCGUGGGAAAUACUGACAGACGAGUUGAGUUAGACAGUCACAUUAAACCAAAUAAUGACAGGAGAUAUUAUGCGUCAUUGUCCCUCAUGGCCGCUAAAUUUUCAUAUGAGAAUAAAGCUUUCAUCAACAACAUUGUCAAAAAUCACUGGAAUAUGGAAUUCUUGGGGUUCUACAGAUUCUGGAACGAUUACGAGAAACUCUUCUCAACGCAAGCCUUCUUGCUUCAAGAAAAAAGGGUUGACCCUAAUGUAAUCGUAGUCGCUUUUAGAGGCACUGAGCCAUUUGAUGCAAUCGCGUGGUGCACAGAUGUCGAUAUCUCCUGGUAUGAAAUUCAAAACGUGGGUAAAAUACAUAGCGGCUUUAUGAAAGCUCUAGGAUUACAAAAAAAUCGAGGUUGGCCCAAGGAGAUAGACCUAGAAAAUGAGCACCCAUUUGCUUACUAUUCAAUCAGACAAAUGCUGAGAGAAACGCUACAAAAUAACAAGGAAGCAAAGUUUAUAGUAACAGGGCACAGCUUGGGGGGAGCAUUAGCGAUACUGUUUGUGUUUGUGCUAGUGUUCCAUGAAGAGUCAUGGUUACUGGAGAGAUUAGAAGGUGUGUACACAUUUGGGCAACCAAGGGUGGGAGACAAGCAAUUUGGAGAGUUUAUGGAGAAUAACUUAAAUAAGUAUGAGGUGAAUUAUAGGAGAUAUGUUUACUGCAAUGACAUAGUUCCAAGGUUGCCAUAUGAUGAUAGAAGCCUCUUGUUUAAGCACUUCGGGGCUUGCUUCUAUUACAAUAGUUUCUACCAAGGGAAGGUUACAAAGGAGGAGCCGAACAAGAACUACUUCUCUUUGUUAUGGGCACUACCCAAGUACGUAAAUGCAGUUUGGGAACUGAUACGAGGUUUUGUUCUGCCUUACAUAGAGGGUCCAGAUUAUAGGGAGGGUUGGUUUUUGAGGUUCUUUAGAGUUAUUGGGUUGGUGAUUCCUGGAUUAUCAGCUCAUGGGCCUCAAGAUUACGAUAAUGCUACCCGAUUGGGCUCCCUAACGUCGCCUCUCCAAGCCCAAGAUCUCAUUCAGUGACUCCAUCCAACUUGUAACAAAAUUUGGACAAAAUGUGAAAAGACACGCCAGUCCGCCACAGUACAUGUUCGUGUCGCUUACAAGGAACAUUUAUACUGGAGAUGUUUUAGCUAUUACAGAUAAGUUUACCCCUUUAAGAGUGAGUUUAUCAGGAGUUUUCAUAUAAUC